AUGGCCACCGAAAAGAAGGACAAGCUCGAGCGUGCAGCGCAAAUCAAGUCCGUCGACAUGACGGAAGAUAUGCAGCAGGAGGCUGUUGAAGUUGCGAUUGAGGCAAUGGAGAAGUAUCACAUUGAGAAGGACAUUGCUCAAUACAUCAAGAGAGAAUUCGAUUCCCGCAAAGGCGCUACAUGGCAUUGUGUUGUCGGAAGAAACUUCGGCAGCUUCGUGACGCAUGAAACGAAACACUUCAUCUACUUCUACCUCGGACACUGCGCCAUCCUCCUCUUCAAGACCCAAUAG